CUUUAUUACAAUACUCUUACCAGAGCUUAGUUAAGAAUGGCUUCUUCUCUUCCUUCGAUGUUCGUAGUAAUACUAUCACUUCUCCUUGUUUUCUUCUCUGGUGGUUCUCGUGCUCAACUAUCCACUACUUACUACUCCAAAACUUGUCCUAAUGUCCUUACCAAAGUGAAAUAUGCCGUUCAAUCUGCAAUAUCUAAGGAAAAGCGAGCUGGCGCUGCUCUCCUUCACUUACAUUUCCAUGACUGCUUUGUCAAUGGAUGUGAUGGAUCAGUAUUACUUGACGACACUUCAAGUUUCACGGGUGAGAAGAACGCAAACCCUAAUAAGGAUUCUGACAGAGGAUUCGAUGUGGUGGAUGAUAUAAAAACUGAAGUUGAGAAAGCUUGCCCUGGGGUUGUUUCAUGUGCUGAUAUCUUGGCCAUUGCAGCUCGAGACUCUGUAACCAUUCUUGGAGGUUGUAGUUGGAAUGUAAAACUGGGAAGAAGAGAUGCAACAACUGGUAGCCAGUCUGCUGCUGAUAAUGGAAUUCCUCCACCAACUUCAAGCCUUAGUACUCUUAUCUCAGUCUUCUCAAAUGUGGGUCUCAUGAUUGCUCUAUCUGUAUCACAUACAAUUGGGCAAGCAAAGUGUACAAAUUUCAGAGAAAGAAUAUUCAAUGAAACAAACAUAGAUAGUUCAUUCGCAAUAACAAGAAAAAAUAAUUGCCCAAGCUCAUCAGGAGAUGAUAACCUUGCAUCUUUAGAUGUUGAAACACCAACGACGUUCGACAACAACUAUUUCAAAAAUCUUAUUAACAAGAAAGGUCUUCUUCAUUCCGAUCAAGUAUUAUUUGAUGGUGGGUCUACAGAUUCGCAAGUACGUACUUAUUGUGACAACCCAAGUACAUUCAAUGCUGAUUUCGCCGCCGCCAUGAUUAAGAUGGGUGAUAUCAGUCCACUUACCGGUUCUAAUGGAGAGAUUAGAAAGAACUGCAGGAAAGACAAUUAA